UUUAUGGGAGUGUAUCAUAAAUCCAAAAGGGGCAGGUGACCAUGGAGAAUAGACUUAUGCGUGGGAAUCACCAUUUGACUUGAUGACUUACGGAGAAUUAUCAAUUAUGCAAUCAUUGACUUGAUGGUUUGUACAGAAUUAUGCAAUUCAUAUUCAUUUCAUUGCAAAUCAAGUGUUUCCCAUGUCUCAUUACAUAUCUAAGGACUAAGAAGCCGUCAUUGUUACUGUAGCAACUAAAAUGGAGUGUCGGGGUUUGAGUAAUCGGAAAUCAUGGUUAUAUUGGUCGUUGAUGUUGAUGAUUAUACAAAUUCUUAUCUUCAGGCAAACAAAAGGGGAUUGUAUAGAAGAGGAGAGAAAGGCACUUUUAGAAAUCAAAGCCUCCCAUAUGAAGUCAUAUGAUUCUGAAAAUGACCAUUUUCUCCCUACCUGGGUUGAUUAUGGCAGUGGUACCCCUGGGGAUGGUGGCGGCGACUGUUGUGAUUGGGAGAGGAUCACCUGCAACACAACCACCGGCCAUGUGACAGAGCUUUCUUUGUACUAUUUGAGAGGGACAGACGAUGACAUAAAGUUUUGGAGCAAGUUUUGGCCAUUGAAUGUUUCCUUGUUUCUACAUUUUAAAGAGUUGAGGAGUCUGAAUUUGUCAGAUGAUUUUCUUGACAAGGAGAUUAUGAAGACAGGACUAGAAAAGUUGUCGACUUUGAAGAAGUUGGAGGUUUUGGACCUCAGUUUCAAUGAUGAUAUUGAUAAUGACAUCCUUCCAUCAUUGAUGACACUCACUUCACUCAAAAUCUUGGAUCUUAGCUUCACUAGCUUGAAUGGAAACUUUCCUCUCAGUGAAUUUGCAGCUUUAGAAAACCUGGAGGUGUUGGAUCUAAGCAACUGUAACUUUAAUGGCGUUUCAAUAUUAAAGAAGUUGAAAUCAUUAAAUCCUGGGUACAACAGAUUUAAUGAAAGCGCUGCAACAUCUUUGAAUACACUUCCAUCACUGACAAACUUGGAUCUUAGCAACAACCCUUUUUUAGGACCAUUUCCAGCUCAAGAAUUAGCUCAUCUCACUAACUUGGAGAAGUUGGAUUUAAGUUUCACCCAGCUCAAUGGCACACCAGAUAUCCAAGCUUGUAAGAUUUUAUCGAGACUGAAAAGGUUGGAGAGUAUAAAUCUCUCCAAUAACAAUUUCAACAAAAGCAUCGUAUCAUGCCUAAGAGCCCUCCCAUCCCUCAAGAUUCUUGAUCUUUCACAUUCUUUUCCAUUGGAUAGCUCAUUUCCCAUCCAAGGCAUGUUAAUUUUUAAAUGAUUCAUGAUCAUCACACAAACUAAAUUACUAAAUUUCAUCGGCACAAUUAUUUAUUAUUAUCCAUUUUUGCUAAUUGUUUAUAAAAUUGUUUGACACAUCUCGUUAUCCAAUAUAGAAUUCCAUGAUUUGCCUAAUUUGGAAGUCGUCCUCUUGAGAGAAAAUGGUUUUGGUGGAACACUACCAGUGGAAGCUUUCACAUCUUUCCAACAACUCAAGGUCUUAGAUUUGAGCUGGAACCAUUUUGUUGGGAGUGUAACAUCAGAUAUACAUGCAUUAUCUUCUCUAAGAGUUGUCUCAUUCGCAUACAAUUAUCUCAAUGGCUCGUUACCAGAUCAUGGGUUGUGUGAGUUGAAGAACCUCCUUGAGUUGGAUCUUAGUGGCAACAUGCUCCAUGGAACUCUGCCUGAUUGUUUGAAAUAUCUAUCAUCUCUUAAGUUGUUGGAUAUUUCUUCAAACCAAUUCUCAGGGAUACUUAUGCCAUCGCUCAUUGCUAAUCUUACAUCUCUCGAGUAUAUUGAUUUUAGUCAUAACAUAUUUGAAGGUUCAUUCUCCUUCAGCUCCUUAUCCAAUCAUAUAAAGCUUGAGGUCGUUCGAUUCAGAGGCGAUAAUGACAAAUUUGAGGUGGAAACAGAAGAGCCUAUAGGCUGGAUUCCAAUGUUCCAGUUGGAAAUUCUUGAGCUAUCUAAUUGUAAUAUGAAUAGGUAUAAAGGGCGUGUUCUUCCAGGGUUUUUACUACACCAACACCAGUUACAAGAAGUAGACAUGUCUCACAACCACUUGGAGGGAAAAUUUCCAAAUUGGCUGAUUGAAAAUAAUACAAAUCUUGAAGUUCUUAAUCUAAGGAACAACUCCUUUACCGGUAUGUUGCUGCAUAGGAAUGCUAAUAUGCUGGAACUGGAUAUGUCUGGGAAUCGAAUGAUAGGUACUAUUCCCGAUGAUAUGCAAAAAUUCUUUCCCCACAUCCAACAUUUGAAUUUGUCCAGGAAUUCUUUAAGUGGUGCUAUCCCAUCUUCACUUGGUGAUUUGAGGGAUUUACGAGUACUGGAUUUAUCUAAUAAUGAAUUAUCUGGAGAAGUACCAAAGGGAUUGUUUACAAACAUAUCUGAGUUGUUUUUCUUAAAACUAUCAAAGAACAAGUUGCAGGGUCAGGUACUCUCAGGAAACUUAAGUUUAGGUAAAAUCCAAGAGCUCCACUUGGAUAGCAACUGUUUCACAGGUAAAAUUGCAAAUGAGCCCAGAAAAUAUAAUAAUCUGAUGAUUUUAGAUAUUAGGAACAACUUUUUUACUGGUAUGAUCCCUGGAUGGAUAAGCAACACAAGUGAGUUGUCUGAACUUGUGGUGAGAAAUAACAGUUUGGAAGGCAGGUUUCCUUGUGGACCAACUUUAUUCACUUUUCUCGAUAUCUCACAAAAUUCUUUUUCUGGUCCAAUCCCAUCUUGCUUAAACUUGCAAUAUGUGAAGCAUCUUCAUUUGGGUUCUAACAGAUUUACUGGAUCAAUACCCAAUUCCUUUCGUAAUUUGACUUAUGUUUUGACUUUAGACAUCAGUAACAAUGACUUGUCUGGAAGGAUUCCUAAAUUCCUUGGUGAACUAUCCAACUUAAGGAUUCUUCUCAUGAGAAAAAAUAAGUUUCAUGGUUCUAUUCCAAAACACUUGUGCCAAUUAUAUAAUGUAAGUUUGAUGGAUUUAUCCGACAACUCCCUUUCUGGUUCAAUACCUAACUGCCUAAAAAAUAUAACCGGGCCAAGUUACCUUGCAUUCCUUAAAAGAACCAUAUCAUGGUAUCCCAUGUCUUCCUCUUACGAUUAUAAUAGUGUUCUACAGAGGUGGCAGCCUGCCUAUGUCAAUAACCAAGGGUUUGAAACACAAGACGAAGUUGAGUUUACAACAAAAAGGCUCUUUCUCAGCUACAAGGGUGGCAUCCUUGAUUACAUGGCAGGAUUGGAUUUUUCCUGUAACAAACUUACAGGUGAAAUCCCACAACAACUGGGAUUCUUAACCCAACUUCUUGCUUUAAACCUGUCUCACAAUCACCUGACUGGACCUAUUCCUGUGAGCUUCUCAAAUCUUGCAAAAAUAGAGAGCUUGGACCUUUCUUCAAAUGGUUUGACCGGAAAAGUUCCAUCACAACUCAUUAAGCUUACAUCUCUAUCUACUUUCAAUGUUUCUCGUAACAAUCUCUCAGGCAGACUCCCAGAAAUGCAAGCACAAUUUGGUACCUUCACAGAGGCAAGCUAUGAAGGGAAUCCACUUCUUUGUGGACCACCACUCAUGAAGAAAUGCACAACUACUAAUUCACAGCUGACCAAUCCAUCAGAUGAAGAAGAAGACAAUGACAAAUGGUAUGAUAUCGACAUGACAUUUUUCUAUGGAAGUUCUGGUUCAACGUAUGCUGUGUUCUUGUUGGGCUUUGUUGCGCUUCUUUACAUCAAUCCUUAUUGGCGCAAAUGGUGGCUAGACAUGAUUGAAGACUAUAUGUUUACAUGUUAUUACUUCCUUUAUGAUUCAGUCAGCAGCUAGCUCUCCAUGCCCUUCCAUGAAUAGUUUCUCUUUAACUAAGAAUUAACGUGUGAUAGAAUAAAUGCAAAACUGCUUUGGUAUGUAUUAGUAAGUCUUUUGAUAUAUGCAUAUAUGAUGAUGCUUUUGCUUCCUUU